AUGCCCCUCAUCUUUGACCCCAGAGCCACUCAGCCAGACGUGUGGCCGCUGUUGCUGAGUGUGACCCCGGGUGAGGCCCGCGUGGGCCAGCCGGGCAGGGAGCUGCUUACCAAGGACGUGGGCUACAGCGGAAUCGAGGACGUCACCCCCUCCCCGGAGCUCUCCUGCGUGGCCAGAACGCGGAGGGUCCCUGGGAACCUGCGGGACAGAGAGCGCCCCUCCCGCCCCGCGGCCCCCCGGCGCCCCUCCCGCCCCGCGGCCCCCCGGCGCCCCUCCCGCCCCUCCCGCCCCGCGCCCCCCCGGCGCCCCUCCCGCCCCGCGGCCCCCCGGCGCCCCUCCCGCCCCGCGCCCCCCCGGCGCCCCCCUCCCGCCCCGCGGCCCCCCGGUGCCCCCUCCCGUCCCGCGGCCCCCAAGCGCCCCUCCCGCCCCGCGGCCCCCCGGCGCCCCUCCCGUCCCGCGCCCCCCCGCGCCCCCCUCCCGCACCCCCGGUGCAGCGCGCGCCCGGGCCGGGAGGGGGCGCAGGGCCGUGACGCGCGGCCGCGGGCGAGGCGGGGGAUUCAAGCGCGUUAUAAGGCGCGGAGCCGGAGAGCGAUUCCGAGACGCCGUGCUCGGAGCCCAGAGAGACCAGCCGUCCGCAUGGCCUGCGCCCGCCGCCUGCUGCUAGUCUACGCGGGCCUGCUGGCAGUCGCCGCGGGUCUCGGCUCCCCGGAGCCCGGCGCGCCCGAGGGGAGCCGCGCAGGCGAGGAGCCACUGCCGGGGAACGAGCUGCCCGCCGGCCCCGGGGACAGCCGCGCGGGGCCGUCCGCCCGCCCGCCGGAGCCUGCCGCAGAGCGCGCGCGCAGCAUCGACCCCCACCGUGCCUGGAUGCUCUUCAUCAGGCAGAGCGACAAGGGCGCCAAUGCCAAGAGGGGGAGCAGAGGCAAGGUCAAGAAGCUGGAGCUCGGCCUGCCCGGGCCUCCAGGGCCUCCUGGUCCCCAGGGUCCCCCCGGCCCUGCCAUCCCAGCCGAGGUACUGCAGAAGGAGUUCCAGCUGCUGUUGAAAGGCGCGGUGCGGCAGCGCGAGCGCGCGGAGCCCGGGCCCUGCACGCGCGACCCCGCGGCAGCCGCGGCCCCCGCCGGCGAGGACGAGCUGGAGGCGGCGGGCGGCGCGCGCGUGCUGGCGUUGCUGGCCGCGCCCCGGGCCCAGGGCCCGCGGGCGCCGCGCGUCGAGGCUGCCUUCCACUGCCGCCUGCGCCGGGACGCGUGGGUGGAGCGGCGCGCGCUGCGCGAGCUCGGCGGCUACUACCUGCCCGACGCCGAGGGCGCCUUCCGUCGCGGGCCGGGCCUGAACCUGACCAGUGGCCAGUACGCGGCGCCCGUCUCCGGCUUCUACGCGCUCGCCGCCACGCUGCACGUGGCGCUAGCCGAGCAGCCGAGACGCGGGCCGCCGCGCCCCCGGGACCGCCUGCGCCUGCUCGUCUGCAUCCAGUCCCGGUGCCAGAGCAACGCCUCCCUGGAGGCUGUCGUGGGCCUGGAGAACAGCAGCGAGCUCUUCACCAUCUCUGUAAAUGGUGUUCUGUACCUGCAGAAUGGGCAGUAUGCCUCUGUCUUCCUGGACAAUGCCAGCGGCUCCUCCCUCUCAGUGUGCAGUGGCUCCCACUUCAGUGCUGUCCUCCUUGGCGUGUGAACAGCCACCCCAGGCCCUUCCUCUUGCCCAGCAAACGGGAGCUGGAGUUUCAAUCAAUCUUGGCAGUGUUGGAGCAGCCGAGGCCCCACACAGGAGGAAGCUCCCUGGAGCUGCCCAAAUGGCCACCCGCAGCCCAGAUGGCCACUGCC